UCAAUAUAGGAGGGAGCGUAAUGUAGCAGUCUGUAAGUCAACCAGUCUGUUUUCAAGAGUCAUCCGAAUCGCACACGCUAUCGCAUGUACAGCUGAAACGCAAGAUGAAUAAGCAAACAGCACCGGAAUGGGUGAAUAAACAGCUUUUCGUUGGUUUGCUGGAACAGACUCACGAUGAUUUCAAGGCAAUAACUAAUUUCGCCACCAAAGCGGCCAUCAGUGAGGGGGAAAACUAUCUAACGAUUGUGCUGCGCAUUCAAAUUGGAAUGCAACUGAAAGAUGAUAGCGAAAAGGAGGUCAGCUAUAUACUCAAGAUUCCACUGGUCAACGAGAGUGGGGAUGAUCAUGAGUUUCACGAUUUGUUCAUUGCGGAGUUUCAGAUGUAUGAUCGAGUAAUACCCGAACUGGAGGCACUCUAUGCUAAGAAUACUUCAAUCGCACCCAGCUUUAAGCCAUUGCACUUGAAGUUUCCCGCAAUGACAACAAAGUGUGACUACAUCCUCUUGGAAGAUCUACGCACUAGAGGCUACAGGAAUGCAGAGAGAACUGUUGGUCUGGACCAGCUGGAAGUUGAGGCAGUGCUCAAGAAGUUGGCUCAGUGGCAUGCAGCCUCUGCCAAGAGAGUCACUGAUUUGGGUGAAUACGAGCAGGGUCUCAGGGAGAGCUACUUCACGCCCGAGCACCUGAAGUUGAUUGAAGGAUUCAACAUGAGUUUCACUGUUCCUUUUCUGGAAUGCAUGCAGAAGUAUGACCUGGAUCCGGGACAACUUCUACUGAUAAGCGACUACACUUCCCGCCUGACAGAUCUAUAUAUGGAGUUUGGAGCAAACGAUCCUCAAGAGCUGAAUGUGCUUAAUCAUGGGGAUUUCUGGUGCAACAAUUUCAUGUUCAAGUACACAGAUUCCGGGCAGGUUGAGGAUGUCUGCUUCGUGGACUUUCAGCUGCCCAAAUACGGCACACCCGCCCAAGAUCUGUUCUGUCUGCUCAUGACUUCGCCAAAGUUCGACAUUAAACUAGGGAAGUUUGAUUAUUUUAUAGAGUAUUAUCACCGACAGCUGGUGGAACACCUUGCGCUGCUCAAGUACAAUCAAAAUGCACCCACACUGUCGCAGCUUCGAGCAAAUCUGCGCAAGAACAGCCUCUGGGCGUUCAUAUGUGCCCAGCGGAUGCUGCCCAUAGUUCUGAUGCCCCCCGACGAGGGUUCCAAUAUUGGCAAUGUCAUGGGCGACUCGGAGGAGGCGUCCGCAUUCAAGCGUAAGAUGUUUCAGUCGCCAGCCUACGUGCAGCAAAUCAAAACGAUUUUGCCCUGGCUCAUUGAACGCUCGUUUAUAAGAUGAGCAGGCAAAUGGUUGAUUGCAAUGACAAACAGGUUCCAAAGCAGUCUCAAAGUAUUCAAAGUUGUAUAAUAAAAAUUCACUUUAUCAAUA